GCCACUAACACACCAUGCCCCGCCGUCGCCAGUUCUACAUCCGCGAAGACCUGACCGAGGUCAGCCGCCCGCCGCCGAGGGCGCUCGAAGUGCUCGCCGGCGAUGCCGAUCUGCCCGUCUGCGCGACCUGCGCGACGCAGUACCCUGCCGCCCGGGCUGAUUGCCCGGUGUGCGAAGACCCGCGCCAGUGGGUGCCCGGCACAGGCCAAGAAUGGACGACCCUCGGCGAGCUCGCCUCCGGCAAACGCAACUACCUCCUCCGCGACGUCGAGGACCCGCGCAUCACGCUCAUCGCGACCGAGCCGUCGUUCGCCAUCUCGCAAACACCCAUCGUCCUCGAGACCUCGGAGGGCAGCUUCAUCUGGGACUGCGCGGCGGUGAUCACGCCCCCGCUCGUCGCGCACCUCACGCACCUGCGCCGCCCGCUCAAGGCCAUGGCGAUCAGCCACCCGCACUUCUUCUCGACGUCGCUUACGUGGGCGCGCGCGCUCGGCGUGCCGCUGUACAUCAACGCGCUCGACAAGGAGUGGUAUGCGCGCGCCGCGAGCCUGGAAGCCGACGAGGUCGUCUUCUGGAGCGGCACGCAGCGCCUCAGCGCCAACAUCACGCUCAUCGAGUGCGGCGGCCACUUCCCCGGCUCGUCCGUGCUGCACUGGGACCGCGCAGGCGAGCCGCUCACGUCCGAGGCGGACGCGCGCGCGCCCGACACGGGCCUCCUGCUCGUCGCUGACACGGUCAUGGUGCAGCCCGCGCAGAAGGGGUUCACCUUCAUGUGGAGCUACCCCAACAUGAUCCCGCUGCACCCCCCCGACGUGCUGCGCAUCCAGAAGAUCCUGAGCGAGUACGACUUCGACUCGGUCAGCGGGACGUGGCCCGACAGAUGGGUGCGCACAGGCGCGGCGCGCUCGUUUGACGAGAGUGUCGAGACGUACCUGUCUGCCACGGGAUGGGAGCGCGGCCGUGGGGAUGAGCUGGUACCGAAGCGUAAGGUGUAGGGAGCGUACGAGGGGACAUCGUACUGUGUACUGUAUGAGGCGGAGCGCAGGUUUGAGGCAGUGAGCUGGGUUGAGUUCGUGUUAGCCAGAUGCAACGAUCGAUGGAUACAUGCAAA